GAAAAAAAAGCCUCACUACAUCAACCCGUCUAAAUAAAUAGACUCAGUAUGUACUCGAACAAAAGUGAGCAACCGCGAAGGGGGCGAUCUUUUGACUCCAUGAACAUUGGCUUGUCUUUCGAAGAGAAACAUCUAAAUAAUGAGAUGAACAAGGUAGCUUUCCCGAAGAUUGAUGAGAACAAAGACAACAAGACCGACAACGAGACCGAUAACAAGACCGAUAACAAGACUGCAUCAACAGAGAGAAGCCGAGCGGCGAUAGUUUUCUCUCUGAAGAAUGAAGUUGGAGGAUUGGUCAAAGCACUAAAACUUUUUCAGGAAAAUCACGUCAACCUUGUACAUAUCGAGUCUCGGAAGUCGAAAAGGCGCAACUCUGAGUUCGAGAUCUUUGUGGACUGCGAUAGCAACCACGAGCAGCUGAAUGAGAUCAUUCAGCUUCUCAAGAGCCACGUGAACGUUGUAGACAUGGACAACUCCACUUUACGCGAAGAAGAUGUGGAUAUGGAAAAUGUGCCAUGGUUUCCCAAGAAGAUAUCUGACCUGGACAAGUGUGCCAAUCGCGUGCUGAUGUAUGGAUCAGACCUGGAUGCAGACCAUCCGGGUUUCAAAGACAAUGUCUACAGGAAGAGAAGAAAGGACUUUGCCGAUCUGGCCAUGGGCUACAAACACGGGGAUCCGAUCCCUCGGAUUGAGUUCACGGAGGAAGAGGUGCGAACCUGGAGUGUUGUGUUCCGGGAGCUGAAUAAACUCUACCCCACCCAUGCCUGCCGCGAAUACCUGAAGAACUUGCCACUGCUCACCAAACACUGUCAAUACAGAGAGGACAACAUUCCGCAGUUGGAGGAUGUGUCGCGCUUCCUAAGAGAGCGCACAGGCUUCACCAUUAGGCCUGUGGCUGGCUACCUCUCCCCCAGAGACUUCCUGGCAGGCCUGGCCUUCCGUGUGUUCCACUGUACACAGUACGUCAGGCACAGCUCCGACCCGCUGUAUACUCCAGAACCGGACACGUGUCACGAGCUGCUGGGCCACGUUCCCCUCCUGGCGGAGCCUAGCUUUGCCCAGUUCUCUCAGGAGAUCGGACUGGCAUCGCUGGGAGCCUCAGACGACUCUGUGCAGAAGCUUGCCACCUGCUAUUUCUUCACAGUGGAGUUUGGCCUUUGCAAACAGGAGGGGAAGCUCAGAGCCUACGGAGCUGGCCUCCUGUCUUCGAUCAGUGAGCUCAAGCAUGCCCUCUCGGGAAACGCCCGCAUCACACCCUUUGACCCCAAUGUGACGUGCAACCAGGAGUGUUUAAUCACCACCUUCCAGGACGUCUACUUUGUGUCUGACAGCUUUGAGGAGGCCAAGGUGAAGAUGAGGGAGUUUGCUAAGACCAUCAAGCGGCCGUUCACGGUGCGCUACAACCCCUACACCCAGAGCGUGGACGUGCUGAAGGACACCAUGAGCAUCAACAGCGUGGUGGAGGAGCUCCGGCACGAGCUGGACAUCGUGGGCGACGCGCUCAGCCGACUCAACAAGCAGCUGGGCGUGUGACUGGACCGACCGCCAGGAUGCCUUUGGCCCCAGAUAUCUCCAUCCCUUACUCCAGCUUCCUGUGAUUACCCUAUGUAUAAUAAGGAUAGGAUCCUCCACGUAGGCCACACUGGCCUGAUCAGUCAUAUAUGCAGCAUUUCUGUGCCAGAUGAGGCAAAUAUCUGUAUCGGGAUCAGCUGUAGCCAGGGCACCCUUAAUCCAUCCCACCGAUCACUCUUAUCACAUGACAGAGAACACAGCUGUAAGAUAUUCUGACUCUACUGGAACAGAACAAACCGGCUUCAGUGUUAUUUCUUCAUAUGAAAAAAUAGACAUAAUUAAGUAAAUAGCGGUGUCCCUCUUUCACAUUCCACUGAUACCAAAUAUAAGAAUUUUAUGUCAAAUACUCAACACUGAGACAAGAUAUUUUUCAAACUUAGAGAGCACUCAUUUGCUAGCUAUAUCUGUUGUUUGUUUUUUGACUGGUGGUUUUGUUGGUGGUGGAUUUAUGCAAGGUGUCCAUAUUAAAUAUGGAAGCCUUUUAUGUUACAUGAUAUUCUUGUAAUGUGAUUCUUUAGAGAGAGAAAACUGUAUUUGUGGCUUCUUCCUCUGGUUUGAAUCUUUAUCUUUUGCUUACCUAGACAUGAUUCAUCAUCUUUAAUGUGAUGCUGAUUUCAGUCAUUUGUGUGAAUAUUGUUCUGUGCUCUCAACUCUCCUAAACCACAGUUUUAGUGUCUCUCCUACUCAGUUAUUCCACAUACAUCAACAGUGAUAUUUAAAGUGUAAAUAAAAUGUUAAAUGUAUGAUCUGUUGUGUGACAGACUAUCUUUGUAUCUUGUAUUAUCCCAACCCAUAUAGUUGUAUUGUGCACAACGUGAAACACUGUUUACAUGCUAAACUCUGUCUCUGUAGCACAUAACAUUAUGUAAUGGCUGAAUAUUGUAUGAACUCUCAAUAAAUAACAAUUAUUUUUGUACCCUUCAA